GUGUCAAUUUGAUGUUUCCAAUUUCUGUUAUGGACAGGUGUGGGUGCUGCUAAUGGAAGAUGGAGAUAUAUGAAUGUCUAUGUGCAUUGAGGAAAGAGCAAAAGGAACUUUGGAAUGAUAAAAUCUGCAACAUGAUAUUUGACUAGUUUUCAAUUACUUAGGCACUGACUGUAGUUGCAAUGUGCAUGAUUACUUGUAUAAUGCCCUUGUAUAUGAAAAAUCAUGCGCAAAAUACUAGCAUUGCUUUGUCAAACACUAAUGGGGAUGAGUGGAUGUUUUCAUUCAUCAUUGUACAUUGAAAGUUUUAUGGUUGACUGUGUUCAAUAAGAAGUUCAAUUUCUUGUCCACGUUGUUCUGGUCUGAGAAGGACAAUCGUUACCUGGUUGCUGUUGCUUUUUUAUCAAGAUUGCAUUUAGAUGCAUAUUCAUUCUCAAAACACUUGUGAUUUUUUUAAUUGCUAAUGCUAAUGCUAAAGGUUUUGAAAUUGCUUUCUGGUGCAGUGUGUUCUGAAAAUAUGGAUAAUGAAUUACCACAAAUAAACAGUAAUGAAAAUGUGAAUCCUAUGGACCCUUCCUGUAGCAAUAAUCUGGGUGAGGAGAACAGGGGCACAGUUUCUGAAGUUGAGUGCUAUGAAGAUGAAGAUAGUGACAGUGAUUAUGAUAGCAUUCAGAAACCUGCCUUUUUGGUCGAUGGAGAACCAAAUUUUGAUUUGGGUCCACCAGAUGAUGGAUGGGAAUAUCUUAGGCGUGUCAGAUGGGAAGCUGCUCAAAUCCCUAAAGUGACGAUAGCCAAACUUGAUAGAAGUAAACUUGACAAGGAACAAAGUGCUUACAUGCCCAAGAUUCCUGAUAUGGCCAAAUGUCCUGAGCAUCUCUUGCCAUCAAAGCAGUGGAGAAUGCAUUUCUUACUGAAUUUUCAGAGCUUAGAGCGGUAUGUUAUUAAACUCUCGCAGCUUGAUGUUUCAAGGGUGCAAGCUGUGAAUUCCCUAGAAUUAACUGUGAACGAGUCUGGCACUAGUAGUGUUGUAAUGAUCGAGGAACCCCAGCAUCAUAGCCAUGAGAGCAUCAGGGAGACCACUGAUCAAACUACCUUGACUACAGAAGAUAAGGAUACUUCCAGCAGCUGUCCUUUGCUGUCUACAAUUUUAAGAAUGGACUCUGUAGCCCGAGUGUCAAUGUUGCAUAAACGGAUUCGCUCGCUGGAGCCGAUAGACGCGAUCACAAGAAAUGAUUGCAUGUGGCUGUUUGCUCUCUGUGCAACAGUUGAUGCUCCACUGGAUGCUGACUCUUGUGCUGCUUUAAGGAGCCUGCUACGGAAGUGUGCUAACUUACGAGCUAUGAAGACCGAACUCGAUGAUGAAGUCGUGAUGCUGAAUAUACUAGCGGCAAUUUCAGGCAGGUAUUUUGGACAGGCUGAAAACUAAGUUGGAUUUUGUAACCUCACGACUUUUGUCCUCAUCCGCUUUGCACAAAGUGUACCUGUUUGUUUGUUGUCAGAUUCUCACUCCCUUGAAAUUUUUUUGAAAGCACCGUUUGUGGACUUUUUAAACUUUAAUUUCCGAGUAUUUUUCUCUUCAAUUUUGGAAAGCAAAUAACUCAAGAAAUAUGCUUCUUUCUUUUUUUUUUUGGUUUGGACGAAAGACAAAGUGAUAUUCAUGAUAAAAGUACUUAUAAGUUACAAAUA